UUUAAAAUUGAAGAAUCCGAUUCAUCACACCACAUUCCUCGGUGAAAUGCGCUCAUGUUGACACAGGAGAAACUCAUCAUAAAGAAAAUGAAAAAAGAAAUGUGAAUUAUUAUUGAAUAAAGAAAAGUAUACACCUAUUCUAAUGUCUCGUAUUUCCACUGUUUCCAUCAGAGUCAUUCAUGAAGAGGGCUUCAUUUAUUUAUUUAUUUAUUAUUAUUUUUUCCUUGGUGGGGCUUUUAAGGCUAGAUUUCUAGUUCAGUAGAGUUGCUUACUUCAGAAGAUUUUGGUUAUUUUUAGAAAUGAAUGAGGAAAUCUAGGAUAUCUCUUUUGUGUGAACUACUUACUAAUCUUAGCAAACUCCCCUGAAAAUAUGCUUCAAAUCCCAAGGGUUCUGUUACCGAUAGAUCUUCUAUUCUAACAAGACAACGUAUUGAAACUUCCCUUUUUGUAUUCUUUAUGUUUAAAUUACUCCCAAAAAGAUUUUCUUGCUUCACACAAGUGUCAUUCUCUCUUCCCCUGUGCUACCCCAAAAUUCAGUGAGCUUUAUGAGUUUCACAUGAGGUAAUUAUAACUCAUGGCAAAGAAGAAGAGCUGGUUCAACUUGCUGAAGAAGUUUUUUGUUUCAGAGUCAGAAUCAAGAUUAGAGAAGGAAAAGAGGAAGAGAUGGGUGUUUACAAGGCUGAAGAUUAGAAGAUUGGUGGCGUCCUCGGCGUUGUCACCACCAAGGGAAAGGAGACACCACAAAGCAGAAGAGAAGCAGAGCAAGCAUGAUAUAAAUGUUGAUGUUGAAAGAAUUGCUGAAACUAAUGCAGAUGCUAAAACUCCAGAGGUUGAAACUGAAAUGGCUUCCUUAAAAGAAGGCCCUGAGUCUAUCCAUGAUCCUAAAAAUGAAACUAUUGUACCGUCAAGAUUGACUCUUCGUGACCAAGAAACACAGUACUUCUACAUCUAUGAGAGCGAGAUUGAAAAUUUUGCUGCCAUCAAACUUCAGACGGCUUUUCGCGGUUAUCUUGCAAGAAAAGCUUUGAGAGCACUAAAGGGGCUAGUUAGGCUUCAAGCUAUUGUUCGCGGUAGGGCAGUACGACGUCAGGCUAUUGCUACCCUUAAAUCCUUGCAGUCAAUUGUAAACAUUCAAUCAGAAGUCUGUGCAAAGAGAUGUGACCAGGUGAAAACCACAGUACAUUGUCAACAAAAUACAUUGCUGGAUCUUGGAGAGAAAGAUAUAAAGAUUGAUCUAAACAGCCAGAAAAGGUGGGACAAUCGAUAUUUAUCUAGGGAAGAAGAAAAUAAGAUGUUCUCAAGCAAAAGGGAAGCUGCGAUCAAGAGAGAACGUAUAAGAGAAUACUGGUUAAGCCAUCGAAGGUCAACAGAGUCGGAAGUAAAUGGAAGAAGGCAAUACUGGUUAGAACAAUGGGUAGAUGCUCAGCUGGCUAAAAGAGACGACCUUAAAAAUGUGGACACGCUUUUCUCAGCAAGAAACAAAGAGGAAUUCGAGAGAAAAGAAAUUAAAUCAAGGCCUUUUCUAAAACAAUACCAUACAGACCAAGAAUUGGUUUCUCCAAUAUACGUUCCAAGGAGAUCAUUUCACCACAGAAGGCAGAAGUCGAGUGGGGAUGACAGUACUUUCAUGGGUUCUCCUUCUAUUCCAACCUACAUGGCAGCCACUGAAUCUGCAAGAGCAAAAGCAAGAUCACUGAGCUCACCAAGGCUAAGACCGAUCAAUACUGAUGUGUACUCUGAGAUUAAUUCUCCCUAUAAGUACAAACUAUCUCCCAUAUCUUCUAUCAACAGCGAUGCCACGGUCACAAGUAGGAUUGGCAGUGUUACUGGGUUGUCACAAAGAUCACCAUGCUUAAAAGGCACACCAGUUGGUCCCAUAAAAUCAACCAGGAGCAUUAAGGACCUCACCUUUGGUUCAGAUGGGGCGUUUGCAAAUUGGGAUCGCAUUGGUGCCUGCAGGAUCAUUUCAAUGCUCAGUGAAUAGCAAGAAAGAAAACGUUGAUCAACAUGAAACUAGAGAUGGGACUUGUUAUAGUAUCUGUCAUAGUUUUAGGACAAGAAGAGUUACGUAUAACUGCUUCUACUUCCAAUGCGCAAUAGAAGAACCAGACGAAGUGUAUCAGCAUUUACUGAGACAGCUGCACACUUUAGAUUAAUUUUCAAAUUAUCCA